CAGCAGCGCGAUCGCUCACGAUCAAGGGGAGGGUACGGCCGAUUAGAGUUACCCCCUUGAAUGCAGCUGCGGCACACUCUAAUAUUAACAGGACGAGUGGGCGAAUGCAUCUCGCAGGAUGAAUUCGUGCGCGGUCUACUUGUCCCAGCUGCGGGCGAUGCUCGUGAGAAAUCUCCUGCUGAAGAAACGCGAGAAGCGGAAGACGAUGGCGGAGAUCUUUCUGCCCCUCUACACUCUCGGGGUCUUGAUCGUGGUGAAGGUCCUGAUUCCGAACCCGAACUAUCCCGCGAUGACGACGCAGCAGCGCGAGACGGAAAUAUUCGAGAUAUACAACGGCUACGCAAACAUCACAAUUGCCGUGGUGCCCAAUUCUACGGAGACUCUCAGCUUCCUAGGCUCCAUGAACACCCUCUGGCUCUCAAUGUGGGAUUAUCCCGGUAAGUUUCCCUUAAACUUCAUCGUGUUCGACACGAAGGACGAUCUGCAAGCGGCGUAUUGGAGAGAUCCCUACAGCGUGCCCAUAGCAGUUAUCUUCGAAGAUUCCCAGCCGAUAACACAGCGUCUCACGUAUGAAAUUAGGACGAAUCCUUCGUACCUCUCGCCGCCUUCGCCAACCGAACUGUAUUCCGCUCCGGUCACCUGUCGAAAGGACACCAGCCAUUGGAUGGGCGGCAUUUUAUCGAUAGAAACCGGCGGCUCCUGUCCCGUCAACGAUUACUUGUAUUCCGGCUUCUUGUUCCUGCAGAUGUUAAUGGACGUCACGAAGAUAAGAUUGGACACGGGAAACCCCAACCUGACCGUACCGGACGUCAAGCUCCAGAUGUUUCCGAAGGAGGCAUUUACCGCGGAUUGGAUGGUGGCCUUCAGGGUGGUCAUCCCGCUUUACAUGGUCUUGGCGCUCUCGCAAUUCAUCACGUAUCUCCUGAUCCUGAUAGUCGGCGAGAAGGAGAACAAGAUUAAAGAAGGGAUGAAGAUCAUGGGCCUACACGAUUCUGUGUUUUGGUUGUCGUGGUUCAUCAUCUACAGUAUCUUCGUCCUACUACUCUCCGCCGUCGGGGUGAUACUGCUGUUCACUCUGCAAAUGUUCCAACACACGCAUUUCCUGCCGAUAUUUCUUUUGGUGGUGCUGUACAGCUUCUCCGUGAUCAUGUUCGCCUUCAUGAUCACGCCGUUCUUCGACAAGUCGCGCACGGCCGGCGUCUUGGGCAACUUUGCUGUCACGAUACUGAGCUUGAUGUACUUCAUCCAAGUGUUCGUGGACGACUCCAGCUCGGUCUCGUUCUGGCUGGUCUCUCUGCUCAGCCCGACCGGAGUCGCUCUGGCGAUGGACAAGGCUCUCGUUCUGGAUCUUCAGGGCGAGGGGGUGAACUUCGACAACCUAUGGUCCGGGCCUGGAAUGCCCUUCGGUGGCAGUCUCAUCAUGAUGACUCUGGAUAUAUUCCUGUACGGUUGCCUGGCCUACUACCUCGACUCCGUCAUACCCAGUGAGUACGGUACGAAGAAACCACCUUGGUUCUGCUUCGUGCCCGGAUUUUGGUGCCAGAGGAAAGUCCAAAGGGUACCGUCGUCGAACGGCGAGUCGAACUCCUUCAUCCCCGGCGAGGAGGCGAAUCGCGACGUCGAGCCGGUGGUGCGCGAGAUGAAGGGCCGGGAGGCGAUCAGGAUAGCCGACCUGUACAAGUCGUACUACAAGUGCCGGCGCUCGGAGACCAAGGCGGUGAACGGCAUUAACCUGACCAUCUACGAGGGCCAGAUCACCGCUAUACUCGGCCACAACGGCGCCGGCAAGUCCACCCUCUUCAACAUCCUCACGGGCCUCACCGCACCCACCGCCGGCACCGCCCUCAUCUUCGGCUACGACGUGCGCGACUCCAACGACAUGCGGGCGAUCCGCAGCAUGACCGGUGUCUGCCCGCAGCACGACAUCCUCUUCGACCUGCUGACGCCGCGCGAGCACCUCGAGUUCUUCGCCGCGGUGCGCGGCAUAUCGCGCUCGUUGAUACAGCACGAGGUGAAGAAAACCCUGAAGGACAUCGACCUGGUCGAGAAAGCGGAUACAUUCGCGAAAUAUCUCAGCGGCGGUCAGAAGAGGAAGCUAUCCGUGGGAAUAGCGAUCAUCGGGGAUCCCAAGAUAAUCAUACUCGACGAGCCCACCGCCGGGGUGGAUCCGUACUGCAGAAGGCAGAUGUGGUCCUUGCUGCAGUCGAGGCGGCACGGGAAGGUGAUACUGCUGACGACUCAUUUCAUGGACGAGGCGGAUAUACUCGCCGACCGGAAGGCGGUGAUCAGCAAAGGGAAGCUCCGGUGUUGCGGUAGCUCGUUGUUCCUGAAGAACAAGUUCGGCAUUGGAUACCACUUGACGCUGGUGUUGGAAGGCAACGCCAGGGAGCACGCCAUCACUCGCUUAGUGACAUCGCACGUGACGAAAGCGGAGAAGGCGCGGCGUCACGGUCGCGAAUUGAGCUUCAUCCUGCCUCACAAUUCCGUGGAGAGCUUCGCGCCCCUGUUCUCCGCCAUCGAGCACGAAAUCAAGACAAGGUCGAGCAGACUCGGCAUCAGCAGCUACGGCGUGUCGAUGACCACCUUAGAGGAGGUGUUCCUGCACCUGGAGAAGGACGAGGAGACCGAGUGCACGAUGGACAAUCUGUCGAAGAAGAUGGUGCGCAAUCGCGCGCUCAGCAGGUCGCUCUCGUUACAGUCCAAGAGCACGUCGUACCAGAGCUUGCAAAACGAGGGGGUGACCGUCCAAGGCGACAGUCAAGCGAAAGGUACGAGCGAUCUGCCGGACGGCGUUCAUAACGACAGAAAUCCGCCUGUCCUCGGCCUCGGCUUAGACCCCAUCAAGGUCCGGCCUAACUUCCUGCAGAUCCUCUACGCCAUGCUACGCUUGAGGGUGCUCAGACUCUUCAGGAAUUUACAGCUGCUCUACUUCACGCUUGUCGCGCCGCUCGCUCUGAUAGUGCUCGGCCUCUAUUUGAACAGCAUCCAGACGGUCGACAUCAAGAUGCAAUCGUUGAAACUUAAUAGCCAUACGUACGGCGAGGAGACCAAGAUCGUCUACAUGAAUAAUACCGACCGCGACAUUAGCGAGUUGAUGGACGGCAUAGCUCAAGACGCGAAGUACAUCGAGGAGUACGACGGCAAUUUCGCGAAUUUGCUGAAUAUCGCGCCGCACAUCGCCGCGUUCAACAUCAACGACUACAAUCUACCGCGAAUGAACCUGACCGUGGUCUACAAUGACACGAUGCAACAUUCCCUGCCAAUCUUGGUGAACAUUCUCUCCAACACUUACCACAGAUUGAUCUCGGGCAAGGACGAACCCACGCCGAUCGAAGUCAAGACGCAUCCCUUCCAGCAAACGUCGCAGCCGCAGGAGUUCAACAUCGGCACGGCCAGCAGCGCUCUCUUCAUCGGCAUGGACUUCGUGCUGGUGCCAAUUACUUUGGCGGUGGACAUGGUGUACGAUCGCGAGAUCAAGGCGAAGAACCAGCUCCGCGUGAACGGCCUGUCGUUUCCCAUGUACUUCCUGAGCUACUUCAUCGUCCUGGUCGGCCUGAUGACCUUCAUCUGCAUGUGCAUCCUCGGCAUCAUCUUCAUCUUCGACGUGCCUUCGCUCCAAGAGCCACCGGCGCUCAUCGCCCUCAGCACCCUCCUCAUGCUCUACUGCCCGUCGUCCAUCCUCUUCUCGACCUGCCUCAGCUACAUGUUCGACAAGAUGGACUCCGCCCAGAGCAUCUUGCCGAACAUCGCCACUUUCUUCGGGCUGGUACCCUUCGUCAUGGUCAUGAUCAUCGACAUGUUGGGACUCGGUGGGACAGCGGCGCUCACGUUGCACGUGAUCUUCUGCCUGCUGAACAGCAUGUACGUGCCGUACGCGGCGGUGUACUACGUGGACCGCGUUUACCUCAUGUGCUCGAUCAACGCCGCCUGCCAUCACCUGACCAUGUCCGAUUACCUCACCACGGAGAUCAUAGUGAUGGCCAUCGCGGUGCUGCUGCACUGCCCGAUGUGGUUCUUCGUGCUGCUGCUGUUGGAUAUCAAGAAGAGCGGCGGCAAAGUCAGCGACUUCUUCAAGUAUUACCUGAGAAAAGGCGGCUCCAUCAGCGAGGAGAUCAUGGAGAACUCGGACGUCGGCGAGCACGAGGACGCGGACGUGAAGACCGAGAGACAGAAGGUCUUCAACCUCAUCACCUCGUCGGCCGUUCAAGAACCGCCCGUAGUCUUGGUGCAGAACCUGAGGAAGGAGUAUCGGCCACAAGAGGCGGGCUCGUCCUGCGGCUGCUGCUCGAAACGCGAGGAGCAGCAGACCUCGCAGCGGAAGGUCGCCGUGCGCAAUCUCUCGCUGGCCGUGGAGCCCGGCGAGGUGCUGGGUCUUCUGGGUCACAACGGCGCCGGCAAGACCACCACCAUGAAGAUCAUCAUCGCCGAGGAGUCGGCGACGAGGGGCAGGGUGCAGAUCGGCGGUCACAACAUCAACACCCACAUGGCGGAUGCUUUCAGGCAGAUGGGCUACUGUCCUCAGCACGACGCCCAGUGGAAGAACAUCACCGUGCGGGAGCAUCUGGAGUGUUACGCCGCGAUUCGCGGCGUUCCCUGGAGCGACAUCGACAGAAUCGUGGACCUCUAUCUGUCCGGCCUGCAAAUCCACGAGCACGCCGACAAGCAGACGCAGGAGUGUUCUGGCGGGACUAGGAGGAAACUUAGCUUCGCGAUGGCGAUGGUCGGCGGGCCCAAGGUGGUCCUCAUGGACGAGCCGAGCACGGGCAUGGAUCCCAGGUCGAAGAGAUUCCUGUGGGACACGAUCCUCGCUAGUUUCCAGGGUGGCAGGGGAGCCAUAUUGACCACACACUCCAUGGAGGAGGCCGACGCCUUGUGUUCAAGGGUCGGCAUUAUGGUGAAGGGUGAGCUGAGGUGCAUCGGCUCGACCCAGCACCUGAAGAAUCUUUACGGGGCCGGCUACACUCUCGAGAUGAAGCUCAUGGGAGGCGACUGCACGCCAACGACUCCCUCCGGCGACAGGAUCGCCGUUCUCAAGGAAUUCGUCGCGGGCCUCUUCCCGGACGCUACCCUGGAGGAGAGCUUCGCCGACAGGCUCGUCUUCGCCGUGCCCCAACACGCCGUGAACUCGCUGGCCGAGUGCUUCACGCAGUUGGAGAAAGCCAAGCUCGAGCUGGACAUAGAGGAGUAUAGCUUUAGUCAAACUACCCUGGAGCAAGUAUUCCUCAAGUUCUCGCACUACGACGAGGGCAACUCUGUGGAAUGAUGAUUCGCGGUGAUAUUAGCAGUAUACCGUCGUCGCCGCACGUCGACCCCGGUGACUCCGCGCGGGUCGACCGUUCGUCGCGCGCACGAACAGGAGACAGACCAGCGAGCCUCCUCCGAGGAGAGAUGAACGGACGAUGC